UGGAGGAAAGGUCCAGCAAGCGAAGCUCCUCCGACUCUCCGCAAUGCCCCACGGGAAUUGUAUUUCCCAGGUUUGCUCCCCGCAACCCCCACGAACCAGAGCAGGAACUACGACUCCCAGGAAGCCCCGGGGCCACGCCUGCCAGCCAUCAGCUGGUGUUAAAGGGGACGCAACGCUUGGAAUUGCCGGCUGCUGGGGCUGAAAAACAAAACGAGCCCGGCUUCGGCGGAGGUUCUUCCUGCAGUUCAGCGCGCGCGCUGCGGCAGAGAGAGCAGCGCCUGAUGCGGGUGGCUCUCUGCACCAGCCCUUGGAGAGCCGCUCGGGUUUUGCAGCGUCGUGUGAAGCCCGCGGGGCGAGGGAGGAAUUCUUUGUAGGCGGCGGGAGAAAGGAGGAGGAGGUGCUUCCCAAAGUAAAUAUGGAUAAGAUCCUUGAAGCCAUCCUGAUGUCUUCCUACCCUGACCAUGUGAAGCAUGGUUUGGUGCGGAGGGUCAUCGAGGCUUCCAAGCAGUCCAUGGACAGCGAGCAGUGCUGGUCCAUGCUUGAGCUUUCUACCAAACUCUUCCUUGUGGGUGAUACCAAGUUCAAGAGGUCUGUUGGCAAAGACGUUCUGGAAGCUUAUGGCCUUUACCACCGGGAGGUCUUUGAGGAAUUCUUCAAUGUCCGUUUCCUCUUAAGCCUGCUCCAGGAGGGCUAUGGACCCCUGGGGAAAAGAAGCCUCUACGUGCUGGAUUACAUCUACCUUGGGCUGCCGUUCGUUCUGGACAGCUCUUCGGCCAAUGACAUAUUCAGCUUGCUGAGGACUGAGGUUCUGCGGAAAGUCUGUGAGAGGCCAGGCCUUAAGCAGUGUGUGAAAAUCAGUAAGCUCUUGACCCAGUAUCCUCAGUGUAUUCCGACGGGCAAACGCCAGGCCCUCUUCUGCCAACAGCUCAUCCGGUGCAUUGGGCAGUUUUGCACCAGCUCAGGAAGAGAAGAAGCCAUCGUGGACUACCUGGACCAUGUGACCAAGGUCGGCCUCUUGCUGCAGAAAAUCUGGAAGGCUCAGGUGAACUCCAUUCUCCCUUCUUUGAAAGAGCUCUUCUCUAUUAUUUCUGCAACAGAAGAGCAGGAGCCUCCAUCAAUUGCCUUAGCCAGCGUGGUCCAAUAUGUCCCACUUGAACUCAUGGAUGGGAUCCUAAGAAACCUUACCAAUGAUGACAGCAUAACAGAUGUGCAGAUGAUGGUGGCAAUUGGCAGGAUGAUUGAAUGGGUUUCUUGGCCCCUGGGGAAGAAUAUAGACAAAUGGGUCAUAGCAUUGCUGAAGGGCUUGGCUGCAGUGAAGAAGUUCAGCAUCUUGAUUGAAGUCACGCUUUCCAAAAUUGAGAGGGUCUUUUCUAAGUUGCUGUACCCUAUUCUGAGGGAGGGCGCACUCUCCAUCCUGCGGUAUAUGCUGCUUAGCUUCCAACACUCCCAUGAGGCAUUUCACUUGCUUCUUCCACACAUCCCCAGGAUGGUGGCCUCCCUCAACAAGGAGAACUCGAACUCUGCAGCAAGCUGCCGGGAACAGCUGGCUGAGCUGAUCCACUGCAUGUUCUUCCGGUUUUCAGGAUUCCCAGACCUCUAUGAACCAGUUGUGGAGGCAAUCAAAGCUCUUCCCAUUCCAAAUGAAGAUCGAAUUAAACAUCUUCUUGGACAGAAUGCUUGGACCUCCCAGAAGAAUGAACUGGCCAGUUUUUAUCCCCGCCUGGCUUCCAAGUCUGAAACGGGGAAGAUAGGGUUAAUAAACCUGGGGAACACCUGCUACAUGAACAGCAUCAUCCAAGCUCUUUUCAUGGCCUCUGAUUUCAGGCAUUCAGUGAUGAACUUAGCAGAGAGCAACUCGCAGCCUUUGAUGGCAAAACUACAGUGGUUGUUUGCCUUCUUAGAGCACAGCCAGCGGCCUGCGAUCUCUCCUGAGAGCUUCUUUUCUGCUUCAUGGCCACCCUGGUUUGCCCGGGGUGCACAGCAGGACUGCUCUGAAUACCUCAAGUACCUGCUUGAUCGCCUUCAUGAAGAAGAGAGAACUGGAAGAAGAAUUUACCAAAAGCUCAAAGAAUCCACAGUGGUGUCUCAGCCUGGUCAACGACACUCCCCAAACAAGACUCUAGUUGAAAAGAUGUUUGGGGGCAAAAUUACAACAAAAAUCCGUUGUCUGAAGUGCCUCAAAGUCUCUUCCAAAGAAGAAGCCUUUACAGACCUCUCCUUGGCUUUCCCACCAGCAGAUAAGCACACACCUAUACCCAGCAGUAGCAGCACCUCAGUUUUACCUGUAGAAGAACUGGGCCCACAGUCCAUUCAACCAAGCAUAGACAUGCAAAGUCAGGUAAGUGAUUUGUCAAGACGAUCAGGGAAGUCUAACAUUUCUGGAGAAAAUCCCUCCAAAAUCUUGCCUGUUGAAACUCUGAGGCCAGAAGAGCAAGAGAGCUUUCCCCCUUUGAGGCCCAAGCAAGACUCCAUGAAGCCUGAUGAAGAGUCGUCACUGGUUUUGCAGGAGCAAGUUCGUGGUGCUGAGGCCUCCAGAUCCGUCCCUGACUUGAUUAAUUAUUUCUUAUCACCUGAGAUGCUGACGGCAGAGAACCGAUAUCACUGUGAGAAUUGUGCAUCCCUUCAGGAUGCUGAGAAGCUAGCAGAAUUGACUGAGGGGCCUCACUACCUCAUUCUCACCCUGCUGAGGUUCUCCUUUGACCUGCAAGCCAUGAGGAGAAAGAAGAUCCUUGACAACGUCUCCGUCCCGUUGGUGUUGAAGCUGCCAGUCCUGAUGUCCUCAAAGGAACUGAGCAAAGCUAGUCCUGGGAAGAACACAGAAUGUGCCUCUUCACACAACAGCUUUUCUUCUGUGGUGUACGACCUCUGCAGCGUAGUGGUGCAUUCUGGAGUCUCCUCGGAGAGCGGCCAUUAUUACUGUUAUGCAAGGGAGUGUGAAGAUGCCACCAGUGGAAGUGACCAAAAGGAUGUCUCUUGGAAAACCCCCAUGGAAAAACCUCUGGAUGUUGCAGUCCAGUGGUACCUUUUCAAUGACACCAGGGUCUCCUUCUCUUCUUUUGAAUCCGUUAGCAACGUAACUUCCUUCUUGCCCAAAGACACGGCUUAUCUGCUGUUCUAUAGACAGAGGAUGACCAAGCCAAGGAGCGUAGGACAAGAAGCUGCCGCUGAGUCUGGCUGGGUAAACGGAGAGUUGCAUUCUCCAGAUAAAAGCUUGAUGGAAGCCAUUGCGAAGGAUAACAUCCUCUACUUGCAGGAACAAGAAAAGGAAGCCCGAAGCAGAAGUGCCUACAUCUCAGCUGUGCCCAAAUCUCCACUGUGGUGGAAAGACUUUGACAGAGACGACGAGGACGACAGCUCAUCGGGGGGAUGCGGGCAUGCCCCUGGCGGGGGAGGGUCAGGCUCUUUCCAUGGACUUGUCUUUUAGCAGUGCCGUUUUGCCCGAGCCCAGUGUCUGACACUGUAAUAGUCAAGCAAGGAUCCUCGCACUCUACGUUUUGGCCUUUUUAUUUUUAAGAAUGGAAGAACUAGUACCGCAAUGUUGGAGAACACCACAGAGGUUUAACGGCCGUGCCCCCCUGUCCAUUGGAUGCUGGGGACUGUAGUUUUGUGAGGGGUGGUGAAGAGAGAAUUCUCAGCUCCGCUCUGCCUAAGAACUACAUUUUCUAGAGCUGGCUAACCUGGUUCAGCUUUUAGUGCACUUAAGGGCUCCUCUGCAGGAGGAGUGGGCAAAACCCGCUCAGAGGGUCUUUUCUGUCGAUUCAGGGAACAAGACACAGCAAGUUGCGCUUGUUUGGGGACCUUAGGGCAUUUUGCCAGCUUUCCCUGGCACAAACUCUGUUGCAAUGCCCUUUUGGAGACAAGGUGUGAAUGUUCGGGCUAAUGGAAAUCCCCCUUGUGUGUCAGGAUUAAAAAAAAAAUCUCAGAAGAGUGAGAUGGGUUUGAGGGAAGCAGGAACCUGAUGGGUAAAACAAUAUGGAGGUUUGUGAGGUAAAAGGGCAAAGUAGUAAAUUGCAAUGAGCCUUAGGUAUUUAGGUGCCCUAGUCUAAAUAUUAAAAGGAUGCCUCCUUUGACUCCUUUUCUUCCUCAUAGUAGAAACCGAAGCUCCUGUAGCCCCUUUUCAAGCAUCCCACCUGGCCCUGUGGCAUGUAGGGCUCCAGGAAGACCUCAGACCCACCUCCAUUUUCACCACAGUGCUACAGCAUGUUGAAUCCAACUGCUGCUGCAGCAAAAGUGCUGCCCUCUACCCAUGUUCCCUGUAACAGGGAUGCCCAUAUGUUGUUGACUACAACCCUUAGCAUCCCCAGUUGCAAUGACCUUUGGCUGGGGAUUAUGGGAGUUUGGGUCAACAACAUCUAGAAACACUGUCCUCGCCCUAAAUGGUCUCCUAGGGAUGCUUCAUGUUAAGGCUGGUCCUGACCUGUAUCUUCCCUUUGAAGAAGAAAACCUAGAGUCAUAAAGAGUUGUAACAUUUGAGCCGAUCGGUCCUGGCUGGGGUUAUUGGCUUUUUCAUUAGUGUGUUUCAAAGACCUUGGCUCAUGUGGGCAGGUCUGAAAUAUAGAACAGAGGUCGGUAAUAUAUAUAACUGAUUUAAAAAAACCCUGGCUGUAACCCAGAUGUUUUUAGAGCUGGGAAAUCCAUGCUUAUAGAGCUCAAUUCAUUGGUUGCCCUAAUCUAGGGUUAAAGGCAAGCUAAUAUUUUAACAUUUCUGUACCACGAAAUAAACUAAUAUAAACAAUGCAAAAA